AUGGCGCCGAAGAAGAAGGAAGUCCAGAAGUUGUCUCUGGGCGAUUUUUUGCAGGAUCCCUCGUUUGGCGGUGGCGGCGGCUCCUGGGCGGAUGAAGUCGAGGACACAUAUGGCACCCAGCCGCUUCCUCCCUCGGAGCGCCGCACCGGACAAACCUCGUACGGCGGAAGCAGCUCAUAUGGCGGAAAUGAUAGGGGUUACCACUCGCUCCGUGACAAUUUGCCUCAGAAACUGCCCGACAAGCCGCCUUUCACCGCUCAUCUUGGGAAUCUGUCCUAUGAUGCCACCGUCGAGAGCGUUACUGAAUUUUUCGAGGGCUGUGACAUUGUGAGCGUGCGGAUCAUUGAGGAUCGAGAGCAAAACCGUCCCAAGGGCUUUGCAUAUGCCGAGUUUGCCGAUGUCGAGGGUCUCAAGACCGCUCUUACCCGAGAUGGAAUGACGUUUCAGGGUCGGAGCAUCCGAAUCAAGGUUGCGGAUCCGCCGAGGGGGGGCUUCGAGAGAACCGAUUCAGCCCGCGAAUUAGAUUGGUCCCAGCGCAGGGGUCCUUUGGCCGACGUUCCUUCCCGCGGUGGUGAUCGGCGUGGUCCUGACUUUGGCGAGCGCCGCGGACCCCGCGAAUUCCAGCCGAGCGACGAUGGCAAAGUUCGUGACUUUAGUAACUGGGAGAGACGGGGCCCUCUGUCUCCUCUUUCACCGCCCGAGCGUCCCGAGUCUCGUGAGGGCUCCCGUCCACGUACCAACGAGGGCCGAUCCGAGUCGUUUCGUGGUACCCGGAGAGCUUCGCCUGCCGCUUGGGGUCCGGGCGAAGGCCGCCAGGACGGUUCCCGCCCACCGCGUCGCGAAUUUGCCGACCGCCCAGAGCGCCCAGAGCGCGUUCCGACCGCCGCCGAGAAAGAAACUAACUGGCGAAGCCUCAUGCGUCCUGAUGCACCUGCCAAGUCGCCCGGUCAAUCCCACGAAGGCACUGAGGCACCCCCUUCGCCGGCCGCUUCUGCUGCAGCUCAGCCCUCUGGAAGGCCAAAGUUGCAGCUCACCAAGCGGACUGUCUCUGAGGCAGCCGAUACCACUCCUGCUGCUGCCACUACCACUGAUUCCAAAGCCAGCCCGUUCGGCGCCGCGCGUCCGAUCGACACAGCCGCCCGGGAGCGUGAGGUUGAGGAGAGGCGUCUAAGAGAGAAGAAAGAGGCCGAGGAGAGAGCAAAGGAAGAAAAGCGUGCUCGGGAGGCUGCCGCUAAAGAAGCUGCCGAGAAAGCAGCUGCUGAAGAGGCAGCUAAAGCCAACAACGUAGCAGAUACCCCAGUGGAGGAGGCAAAGCCAGCAGCAGCGGAAGCCGCUGCGGACGGCCCUUCAAGCGAGCAAAAGAUCCCCAUCCGGCCGCGUGAGGCUCGGGACAGUGCCCCAGCGCCCAAGUCACGGGCUGUCGAAAGCGGUAAUUGGAGGCAGGCUUCAGGUGAGCAGCGUGCGCCUUCUCGCGGCGGGCAUAUCCCUAGCGGUCCGCGCCGUGGCGGUCCCGCUCGUGGCCCUCGCAGCGACAUCCCACGGGCACCCCGGUCCAGCGGAAAUGGUCCUGCCCCGCAGCCGCCGCAGUCACCCAGCGUCGAGCAGAGCCCAUCAACGCCGACGGUCGAUGAGGAUGGCUGGACUAUGGUCCCCAACAAGGGCCGCCGCGGACAGAGCAACCGCCCUGUUGUUUCCUGA